AUGGAGCCAAAAGUGGCGGCGAAGUGCUGGAUAGCGAUACUCGAGGUUCCCUUGUGCGUGUUUCAGAUCGUGAAGGCGUUCGGGGGCGGAUCGGUGUUCAGCAUCGGCAAGGCCUGCUGCCACGCCUUCAUCGACCUCACCGACGACUGCAAGAUCGAGGUGUUCCAGAAGUCCGAGUUCUUCCCCGCCAUCGAGAAGUUCUGCGCGGCCAUCGGCGGCGGCGGCGCCACCAAUACGACUACUACUACUGCCGGUCUUGGCAACCAUAGUGAAUUCGCCACCGGAGUGGCAGAAUCCGAGAAACAAUCGGCCGCCGCUGUUGCUAAGAUCUCAGGUAACCUUGGCGCGGCAGAAGAGAGGUCUGAGGAGAAGCGAUCGGGAAAGGUAGGGGAGGAGAUCGAGAUCGAGAGUGAUUUGGAAAUUGAGAUAUUUUAA